AUGGAAACACAAAGCAAUCCCAGGAUGGAUUGGGAAUCAAAUGACUUGCCAAAUGCGUUUAAGCGUUUUAAAGAACAUGCCGAAUUUAUGUUUGGUGGACCCCUAGAAAAGAAAACCGAGGAAUCAAAAUGCAAUUAUCUAAUGCUUUGGGUAGGGGAAAAAGGACGGCAGAUAUUCUCAACAUGGAACAUUGACGCAGAAGCAAAGAAGUUAUUGCAAACAUAUUAUGAUGGUUUCGCAAACUACUGUGCACCAAAGUCAAACCACAUAUACAGCAGAUACAAGUUUAAAUCGCGAAUUCAGCAAGAAGGAGAAGUCUUUGAACAGUUUGUAACGGAACUGAAAAUCCUUAUUAAGGACUGUGGAUAUCCAGACACAAUCACUGACGAAAUGAUCAGAGAUCACAUAGUGUUUGGAAUACGCUCGCACAAAAUACGAGAAAAACUCAUCAGCGAAGGAUCGGGACUUACACUUGAAAAGUGCAUGGAUAUAGCACGGACUUAUGAGCUGAGUCAAACUCAGGUCAAGGACAUUAAUUGUCAAUCCCAGUCGGUGAAUGCUAUCGGACGAACCGCAAUGCACAGGGCAGCGCAGAAGAAAUCACGGAGUACAAUGCAACAGACUUAUUCCAGAAACCCCCAAGAUCGCCAACAGAGACCAUUUCAAGGGAAACAACAAGGUGGACAAUAUGACACGCAUAGGACUAGCAAUUUCUGUGACAAUUGUGGGAAUUCAAAGCAUGGAUAUAAUGACAUAUGUCCCGCUAAAGGGAAAUUUUGUGAUUAUUGUGCCAAACCUAAUCAUUUUGCCAAAGUAUGCAGAAGGAGAAAGCUUGACAACAACAAAAUCAAUGAGGUAACGCAUUUUGAUACUACAUCUGAUCUUGAAUAUUCCUCCCUAAACACCCCUUCCCAUGAUGAUGAAUUCUAUGUCAAUACAGUUGAGCAUGAUCAUAUCACAAAUCAAGCAUUUGCCACAAUCACAAUUGGUACAACACCAAUUUCCAUGAAAAUUGAUAGCGGUGCACAGGUAAACUGCCUUCCAAGGUCCGUUUAUGCAUCUCUUAAGAUUGCAGGCCCACUAACACCUAAUCAGAAGCGUUUAACAGGCUAUGACGGAAAGCCGUUAAGGGUGGAUGGUAUCAUCAAAUUGCCAUUAAAAUACAAUGGGCAAACAUUUUAUGAAGAGUUCUAUAUAGUAGAUACCAGGUCACAACCCAUAAUAGGUUUACAAACAUGUUUGAAACUUAAUGUCAUGAAGUUGGUCCUAGCUGUGGGCUCAGACUCGCAUCCAACAAAAGAGUCAGUACUAGGUCAAUACCCGGAUAUAUUUCAAGGUAUAGGGCAACUACCUGGUGAAUGUCAAAUACAUUUACGCGAGGAUGCAACUCCAGUUAUACAUCCUCCACGAAAAGUGCCCAUAGCAAUUAAGGACAAGCUCAAGGCAGAGCUCGACCAUAUGGAAUCCCAGGACAUAAUCGCUAAGGUCACAGAGCCAACUGAAUGGGUCAACAGUCUUGUCACUGUUGAAAAAUCUAAUGGAUCUCUGAGAAUCUGCUUAGACCCGAAAGACCUGAACAAUGCCAUUAAGAGACCACACUACCCAAACAAGACCCUUGAUGACAUACUUCCUGAAUUGUCACAUGCUACAGUGUUCUCUAAAUUUGACGCUCGUAGUGGUUACUGGUCCAUAAAACUUACAGAGGAGUCUUCAUACCUUACAUGCUUUAACACGCCAUUUCAAAGAUAUCGUUUUCUACGGUUACCCUUUGGAAUUUCAUGUGCAAAUGAUUUGUUUCAAUCAAAAAUGGAUCAGUGCCUUGAAAAUCUGCCAGGUGUAACGACAAUUGUUGAUGAUAUUGUGGUUUAUGGUAAAGACCAUACUGAACACAACACAAAUCUCCACAUGUUCAUGCAAAGAUGUCGAGAAAUGGGCAUCAAGUUAAACCCAGAUAAGACAGAGAUAGGGAAAAGUGAAAUACCCUUUUUCGGUCACCUUCUCACAUCUGAAGGUUUAAAAAUGGACCCAUCCAAGGUUAAAGCCAUUGAACAGAUGCCUUCACCCACAACAAAGUCAGAACUUCAAACAGUACUUGGGAUGGUAACAUAUCUGCAAAGAUUUGCACCUAAUCUAUCAGAAAUAACUACCCCUUUAAGACAACUUUUGUCUAAAGAUGUUGAAUUCAGAUGGGAUACACCCCAUGAAGAUGCAUUUCAAAAGGUCAAACAGCUCAUUACGCAAAGCCCAGGUCCUAUCCUCGCAUACUUUGACCCAAAACAUAAGGCUACUCUGCAAGUCGACGCUUCCAAAUAUGGCCUUGCUGCAGUUCUCAUGCAAAAUGACAAGCCAAUUUCAUUUGCAUCAAAAGCAUUAACACCCACAGAAGUCAAUUAUGCGCAAAUCACAAAAGAGCUAUAUGCUAUACUAUUUGGCUGCAAGCGCUUUCACCAGUACACAUAUGGUAGACGUAUCACAUGCCAAACAGACCACAAGCCACUCCUUGCUAUCUGGAAAAAAGACUUGCAUUCUGCACCUCCUCGCCUACAGCGCAUGCUGUUACAGCUGCAGCAAUAUGAUAUAGAUCUGGUAUUCGUGCCGGGAAAAAACAUCCCCCUAGCAGAUACUUUAUCUCGCAAAUUUUUACCUGACAAAUAUCCAGAAAUUGCAGAUGACUUAGAGUAUCAUGUACAUGCAGUCAUGUCCAACUUACCUGUGAGUGACAGUAAAAUGCAAUUAAUCAGGUCAACAACUCAAUCAGAUUCGCAAAUGCAACAUCUAUCCAAUGUCAUUUUAGAUGGUUGGCCAAAUGAUAGAGCCAAUUGCCCCAGUCAAGUAUUAGAAUUUUGGAAUUAUAGAGACGAACUAUCUGUGAUUGAUGGCAUCAUCUUGAAAAGGUCAAAAAUCUUGAUUCCAAAACAAUUAAGGCCAAUGAUGCUUGAAAAAAUUCAUGACUCACACUUAGGUGUAGACAAAUGUACACAGCGUGCGAAAGAAAUACUUUUCUGGCCUAGUAUGUACAAAGACAUAACAGCAAAAGUACUAAGCUGCCCAAUAUGCAUACAACACAGGUGUUCAAACACUAAAGAACCUCUGCAACCUACAGAAAUUCCCGAUAGGCCAUGGCAAGUUUGCUCUACAGAUUUAUUUUACUGGAACAACAAUGAUUACAUACUGCUAGUCGAUGCAUACAGUAGAUAUUUCGAGGUCAGUCAGCUUUCUAGUGCAAGGUCAAAAUCUGUGAUUGAUAAACUCAAAGGUUAUUUUAGCCGCCAUGGUAUUCCGGAAGUGUUAUACUCAGAUAAUGGGCCUUGUUACGAUAGUUCAGAGUUCAAAGAGUUUUCACACGCAUAUGAUUUUCUCAUGUCACUUCCUCCCCAGGUCACCAGUCAGGAAAUGGAUUAG